CCAACGGCAGGGAGCUGCUGGUUGCACUGGGCGGGGGGUUUUGUCGGUGUUUUUUUUAUUUUUUUAUUCUGGCCGAUUUUUGCGGGCGUGAAGGCAUGUUGAUAAUCGGCUCAGUAAUGAGGAGAGGUACUGAACGGCACCAAAUAUCUGACCCCGAUUCCUGCGAGCAGAGAGAGGGAGAAAGAGUGUGAGAGAGAGGAGAGAGGGCCAUGUGAAAAAGGGGUGGAGGGGAGCUGAGAUUUAGUGCUCUGCUGGAUGAAACAACCCCCCACUAACUAACGGAGAGGGAAAGUAGCCUAAUAGGAAGAAAGGAGGGGGUGUUGUACUGUUCAUUUAACACUCAAAGACGCGCAGGAAGCUUUUAUCACUUCCCACAAUGAGAUCAGAAAAGGGGACUGCUGUCUGCUGUAAAGCCUAAAGUCCUGAACAACAGAAAUAAGCAACACAAACAUUCAUUGUGGCAGCACGUAACCGAGAGAAGAAAAUGUCUCGAACAGAAGAGGUCAACAAGAUGACAGAAAAUGUCUAUAAGGGGAUUCUGGACCAAUUCAACCCCAGUCUGAAGAACUUUGUGACCAUGGGCAAACACUAUGAGAAAGCCCUGACAGGAGUAACUGUGGCUGCCAAAGGCUACUUUGAUGCUCUGGUGAAACUGGGAGAGCUGGCGAGCGACAGCCAAGGCUCCAAAGAGCUGGGAGACACGCUGUUUCAGAUGGCCGAGGUCCACAGACAGAUCCAGGUGCAGCUGGAGGACGUGUUAAAGCUGUUUCACUCUGAGCUGCUCGCCCAGUUGGAGCAGAAGCUGGAACUGGAUAUCAAAUACCUCACAGCCACCCUAAAGAAGUAUCAGAGUGAGCGGAGGUCUAAAUCUGAGUCUAUCGAGCGCUGCCAGUCCCAGCUGAAGAAACUCCGCAGGAAGAGCCAGGGCAGCCGUCACCCGAACAAAUAUGGAGACAGAGAGAUGCAGUUUGUGGAGCUGAUGAGUCGCCGCCAAGGCGAACUGGACACGCUGGUCGCUAUGGGUUACAAGUCUGCGCUCACUGAAGAAAGGAGACGAUAUUGCUUCCUGGUGGACAGACAGUGUUGUGUCACCAAGCUGCUCAUCAACUACCACUCCAAGGUGAGAGAGCUUCUGUCACAGAAACUGUCAUGCUGGCAGCAGUCGUGUUCUCAGCCCACAAAACUCCCGGAGCGCGCCCUGAACCUGCUGCGUCACACUGCGCCUCAAGGCUCCGGGGCCUCUGGGAUAGCCGAGGCCCUCCGCCACACCAAGAUCGGCUCUGCUCAGCCAGAACAGAGGCUCUCUGUUCAGGAAGUCCCUCCUCUGUUGAAUGGAGACUCCAGCCGCUCCCAGCAGCAGCGCUCGCUCCCCUCCUCCUCCUCCCAGAGUGAAGCCGGUCCUCCUCAGGGCUCCCCGCAGACUUUCCGCUCUCUCUCCGGCGGAGGAGUUGCUGGAGGUUCAUCCCGGGGAGCGUCUCCUCAGCACACCAGCACGCCCCUCAGUGCGUCCGCCAGCCCUCUCCCUGACAGCAGCGCCAGCGGCGGCAGCGCCAGCCCCGUUGGGUCCACCCCCACCACGUCCAGCGGCUCGGCACCGCCAGGCUCUCUCCUCCUGGCCGCCAACACAUCCAACCUCUCCCCGAGCCUCAUCCCCUCCACCGUGAUGUCACUCAGCCAGAUCUCCCAGGCUGGCAGCUCCUUGCAUGGCAUGACCCUCCCCAUCCCCCACAGUGCUCCUCACAGUCCCCCGCUGCCCCACAGCGCUCCUCUCUCCAGGGCCAUGACUCCUGUGCAUUUACUGCACCAGCAGGUGGGACCAGGAGGGAGCAACACCUCCUCACCGUCUCAUAAUCCCUGGCUGCUGAAGACCGCCGACAUGUGUGGAACAGCAACACUCCCACUGCCGAAGAGGCCUGGCAGUGAAAUUAAGCUGGCCGGCUUUCAGGGCUCCAGUCUUCCCAGGAUGCUGCCUUUAACUGGACCUAGCCGUGUGGAAGCCAUGUUCGCUCACACUCCUGGAGCAUUGGAGGGCGGCGGCGGCAGUGGCAGCGGUGUAGUGGGCGGGGCUUGCUUACUGCACUUCCUGCCUGGUGACAACAUCACCCUGCUCAUCUCUGAGCCCAGAGACGGGUGGCACUACGGUCAAAAUGAACGAACUGGACGGAAAGGCUGGUUCCCUUUCUCCUACACUCAGUCACACCACAGUAAGAUGGAUCACCUCGAGAGCUCUCUCUUCUUAUCUAAGGCCAACAGCAACAGUACAGGCCAGCUCGACAAGCUGGUGUCUCCAGGUCUCCCAGCCCUCACCCCCGAAUCCGAGGAGGAGCACUCUCUUCCUCCCCAGAGGGUCAGCACCUUCCGCCCGCGCCCCUACAGCAUGGCCGACAGCAACAAGAUCACUGCAGAGUUGGUCUCUCCACCACCCUCCCCGACCAGGAUCAAUCCAUUUGCUCACGUCCGACUCAGAAGAACUGUGACCAACGAUCGCUCAGCUCCUAUCAUUGAGUAAGAGAUUUGUCUGCGGCAGCAGCAGCAGCUUCUCUGUGGUUUGUCAGACCUCAGGUUGAAUCCUGGAAACAUCUCUUUGGGUCACUUGGACUUUGGAUGUUCUUUUUCACAAAUUAAUUAAGCACAAAUUGUGUUUUAAUGUGCAGGAAUAGAACAUUUCUAAAUUAAAGUAUAAAAUGUUCUUGUGUAAAGGCUGGCCUGUUAUAAAAUCUGAUUACAGUCCAUUCAAUUUAGAGGUAGUUAAUUGGAAAAAAAUAGAAUAAAAAACACUGUAAUAUCAGACAUUUCUGUUUGAGUGAAACGUAACGUAAAAUCUAGGCUAGUUUUAAUGAAAGUAAGAUGUUUGGCUGUACUUAGCUUAGUGUUUGAGAUCAAACAUACUGUAUCGUCCAGAAUAACUAACAUUUUUACUUUUUUCCUGGCCUAUGAAAGAUGCCUCUUAUAUCUCUUACUGAUUUACAGUGCAAUUUUUUCUCGACAUAACCUUUUAAUGUAGGGUUUUUUUGUGCCAUAUUCAGAAAAAGUUUUCUUUGUCGGGCUGAUUUAGGGACUGGCUCCUAAUAGCAGGUUGUGACUUUGACUGUAAUGAAGUGUUACGGGAAGAGGACAGGCUCCUACACUAAAAGUGCUAUUACUAUUGUUUCUUAGUUUCAGUGAAGGGGAACUUUUAAAUUUAUUCAAAGUGUCUUUUCUAUUUUAAAAUGUGGUUGAGAAAGACUUGGCAUAUUUUAAUGAAAUUGGCACAGUGAGUUAUUUUCAUGUCAUUUUUACCUUAAAAUGGCCGAGCAUGGGCAGUGCUGUUUCAGUGUUUGAGUCAGUUAUUAUGAUGUUUUUGCCUUUUAACACAACAUUUUCUGCUGCUGUAAAGUCACAUAGUAGUAUUUUAUGAAUGUAGAUUUUCGGUUUAACUCCUGGACUCAUUGUGAAAACAAAUUCUACCUUAAAUUGAAAUAUACAAAUGAUGGAUCAAUCAGACUUUUUAGUUUUUGAGUGGAAUACUUAUUUAAAACAGAGUGAGUUCAAUAAAACACAGAAACAGAAAAGCUUAUGAGCUUCACAGACACAAACUGUGACGGUUAAUAGUUGAACGUUUGGACGAUGUUAUUACUGAAAGUGUUUUUUUUUUAAUAGAAAGUAGCAUGUUGUGGAGGGUUCAAAGUGUUAAGAACGAGAGAUUUGCGUGCUUAGUCUUUGGAUUUGAUGUCUUCUUGAUUCCUUUUCAGUCCCAAAUCUAAAGCUAGAAAACACCUAUACUAGUUGAUCGUAGUCUUACGUUUACCAAUCAGACUGAGCAGAAUCUUCAAGAGAGAUGUAAAAGCCGGGACAGACGACAGGAUCGAGUUUUAGUGGGGAAAUGUUUCUAGGAAAGUGAUGAAGAAAGCAAACAGGAAGUUGACCAACGUCUGAGCAAGUGUUUAUGGUAAACUAGAGAUAUCCAAAGUAAUAUUCUGUAGCUCUGUAGGAGAAAACUGUGGUGAAACUUUGUGUCAGUGCAAACUGAAAUGUUGUAACUGCCUUUCUGUGAUCUUUUAGCACCUUGAAGAGUCAAGAUAACGCCCGCAGGGGUCGUAGUAAAUAAUCUCUAACAGCAUGUAUAUUAGUAGUACGGCAUCAAUAAUAAAAGUGACAGAAAAAUCAUAGAGCUAAUGUUUAUUCAUGCCUGUAAAUAGUGCUUAAAACGUGUGAUUGUAAGACUUUUAUUUGACUUCUUUUUAUAAUGAUAUUUCACUUUGGUAGAACAUUUUGACUUUGUAGAAGAUGCAGAAGAAGUAAUCCUUGUUUAAACUUUCGUCUUCAACUCGAACAGGAAGUAAUAGUUAGAAAGUAAAAAUACAGAAUGAUUUCAACCAAUGUGAUGAAAUAAAUAAGAUCUUGGAAGUCCUUAUAAAGAGAAACUUCUUCUCAAUAAUGGCUUAGUAUAUUAAAAUAAUACACUUUUCUCAUACAAAUGGUUUAGUAUUUCAAAAUAAAACAUUUUUUCAAAAUAAUGCAUCUCAAAAUCAUCAGAAACUUUCUCAAAAUAAUGGCUUAGUAUCUUAAAAUAAUGACUUUGUAUCUUUUGAGAAUGUUUCUCAUUAUUUUUGAGAUAAAUAGUCAUCAUUUCAAGAAAGUUUCUCAUAAUAAUGACUGACAGGAUCUUGUUUUUUUUUUAAUUUUACUGGAGGAAAUGGGCUUCCAUGAGAUUUAAACUGAAAUAUUGAUUAGAAUAGACUUAAAUCUUUCACAGCCACAGUAACUAGUGGCUGUUAUAGUGGCCAGAAUGUGAUUUGUAGUUGAGUUAAAAAAAUAUCAUAAAUCAAUAAUUUUGCCCCUAAAGUGCAUAAAUGAAAUAUGUGCAACAUUAAGAGUGCAUAAAUGUAUACAGAGAAAUAAUGUAGUGUAUGUACAGCAUAUAAAUAUAUCUAAAGUGUGUAAUAUGUUGUAAGAAAUACAUGGGAAGUUUAUUAUAAACAUAAAUGGUAUAAAUAUGUAACAACAAAUUAUGCAUGGCGAAAUUAAUGUUCACAUCUACAGCCAGCCUGCAGGAUGCUGUGUACAAACGUAUAUGUAUAGAUAUACACACAAAAUAUAUGGGUUUUCUUAAGAUGUUAAUGAAUACAGUAAAAACAGGAACUCAUGCAAAGUCAAAAACUCUUCUUCCAAAGUGAAAUAUUGUUCAGAUAUUGCACACUGUUUCACACAGUUCCUCGGUUCUGUGUGAAACAUGAAACAGCGUAAACAGGCGCGUCAGUCUGUUCUCUGAAUUGCAUCGACAUGAAAUCCUGGUGACUGCAGAAGAUAUUAUAUUAUGAUGAUGAAUACUGCUGAGGAAGACAUUCUUUACAUGAAACAUUCAAUAUUGACGUGAUGUGAAAUAAAAGUUCUAUGAAGGA